UCAGAGUGCGAAAACACAACAUGGCGGAGACGAAAGCUAGUUUCGGAGUCCCCGAAGGGUGUGCAAAGGCCCCGGCUUUCCACCCGCCCAACAUAGAACAGCUGAGGAAGAUUGCUGGAGACUUGGGACUUGAGCUGACAGACGAAGAACUCGCUGCAUAUAGAGAGCACAUGCUCGACCUGGAGGAGGAGUAUGGUAUUCUAGACGAACUGGCAGAACCUACGCUGCCUGUUAAAUACCCUCGAACUCCAGGCUGGCGUCCUAAGCCCGAGGACAACCCUUUUAAUGGCUGGUACUGGCGUACGGAUAUUCAAGGUGCCCCCUCUGGGAAGUUGGCUGGGAAAACCCUGGGUAUCAAAGACAACACGGCGGUGGCUGGGGUACCUAUGAUGAACGGGUCCAGGGUGUUGGAGGGCUACAUGCCAGAGUUUGAUGCCACUGUGGUCACCAGGAUACUGGACGCAGGUGGACGGAUUCUCGGAAAGACCGCGGUUGAAGAUUUGUGUGUCAGUGGCAGCAGUUUUACCAGCAGCAAAAUGCCAGUGUUGAAUCCUUACGACGCAACGCUAUCAACGGCCGGUUCCAGCGCCGGUAGUGGUGCCUUGGUUGCAGGAGGCCAAAUUGACAUGGCUCUUGGUGGCGACCAAGGUGGAUCUAUUCGAUUGCCCGCCUCGUGGUGUGGUAUUGUGGGGUUAAAACCCACGUGGGGUUUGGUUCCAUACACUGGUAUUUCAGUUAUACACCCCUGUAUUGACCAUGCAGGCCCCAUGACCCGAACUGUGGAAGACUGCGCCCUAAUGUUAGAGGUGAUCGCUGGAUACGAUGACGGCCUUGACCCCAGACAGCAGCCAAACAUCGUGGUGCCCGAGUAUUCAAAACUGCUGAAUGCAGACCUUGCGGGAAUGAAAGUGGGUGUGGUCAAAGAAGGGUUCGACAAAUGCCAAAGUACUGCCGUUGAUUCCACCAUUCGGUCAGCCAUGAAUUAUUUUAAAGCAGCCGGUGCCAGUGUCGAAGACGUCAGCAUCCCCAUGCAUAUUACUGGUCGGAAUAUCGCUGCACCAAUUAUAUUUGAAGGGUGCUAUGAAACCAUGGUGCAGGGGGGCGCUGUUGCCUUCGGAUUCCCUGGCUUUUACCCGACUACCAUGCAACAGGCCACAGCUCGGGGGAUAAGAACCCAUCUCAAUGAUGUAUCUCACACAUAUAAAAUGGUUUCCUUGCUCGGAGAGUAUACCAAGCAACGGUACAACCACAUCCACUAUGCUAGAGCCAUGAACUGCGCACGACUGCUGCGGAAGGCCUAUGACGACGCUCUCGCCAACUAUGACGUACUCGUCAUGCCGACCAUCCAAAAGCUGCCACAGAAGCUACCGCCGAAGGGAUCGAGCAUUAAAGAAAGCAUCGAAAAAUCCCUUGAGAUGCUGUCGAACACGGCCCAGUUUGACGUCACCCAUCAUCCGGCCCUCAGCAUCAACGCGGGGUUUGCAGAUGGACUUCCGGUUGGCCUCAUGAUCGUCGGGAAGCACUUUGAUGAAACCACCGUGCUGAAGGCUGCAUACGGCUUCGAGAAAAAGCGAGAUGAGAAGUGAUUUAUCGUCAAAUUCAAAGUUGGUCACGAGGAUUCGUCGAUUUCUGAUAAGAUUGAUUUUUCCAGAUAAUGAAAAAUAAAUAUACAAGAAUAUUCAGAUUUUUAUAUACUGCAAAUAUGUUAUUCAGGCGCAGGUGAAAUGGGUAGGCCAGUCCUACAAGACUAAGGACAGUUAUCCUUGCCUUGGCCACAAAAUAUUCAUUGUAACCUUGCGGUAGCUGGUGUAUUAUACCUAUAACAUAGAAAUCACACUUUAGCUGAUAUUUUUGGAGCAACAAUUCCUUGUGUAUCAAAAAUUCUGAAGAACGUUUUAGAGGAUUAAGAAUACGCGUAGCAACCUGUGGAAAGUUGGCUUUAGUUUGCGUAAAAAUUGUAUUUCAUAAAUAUAUGUGUUAAUUUCUACAUAAGUUGGAACAACCGAUUUAUAUUUGUUGUACCAUAUAGUUUAAGCACCAGCAUUAUUCUGACGCAUUAUAUUAGCUUAGCUGCUAGCACAUGUAAGCCCGUCGGAUGCAAAAAAAAUGCAUCCGAACAUUAACGAAUACUACUUCACUCUGAAGAUGAAAGAGACGGACAAGAGUGUAGCAUGGUUUCAUCUGAUAUUACAGCGCAGAGGUCCAGUGAGAAUUAUUGCACACACAUGUAACUGACGUUGUCACGCAGGUGGUAUCAAGGGGAGGGUAGAUUUUGCCGACUACUCAUAACAGUCAAAAUCCAUGCGCACAGCAUACUCUUCAAAAUCAAGUGGAAGCUUGGUGUCGCCUGCUACGAAAAUUGACUGGUCACUGCGUCUUUCUGUCGUGAAUGGCCAUUUAUCGCUUAUAAAAUAAGGAAAGGCAUGACCGGAGUUUGUUUUGCUAAUGUGAAGACUGAAGCCUAUAUUGAUGAAGGAGCCAUGUAAUAUUUUCUACUUGCAUUAUAUCUCACAAGUGAUACCAGACAUGAUAAGAAACGAUGUAUAACAUUCUUCUGCAAAAUGGCUACCAAUUGUCUCCAAAGCAUCAAGUAUGUGUUCUUUACCUUUAAUAAGCCGCUUUGGUCUUUCACACUUGUUUCAAGGUCGGUAAAACCCUUUUGAAAUGUAAUGAAACAUAUUUUGUACUAAUCAGACUACAAGAAGCAUCUACCAGUUAGGAUAUGUGACAACUUAAGCCUACAUAUAUAUUGAUUUUGGAGGCUUAAAAUAGUUUCUACUCACACUACGUGAAACAGAUAAUACUAAAAAUGUAUUUUUACCAAAAAAUAAUAUAAACCGGCGUAUGACACACUUAUAAAGAUAUAAUACAUGUAGUUUCAAACUGGUGAAUU